CGGAAGAAGAGGAAUAUCAGUGCGGAGUGAGGACUCUUGUUAUCAUAGACUAUCUGUGAUUUACAGCAGGUUGUGUCUCUGUCCUCUGAGGACAUUUAUCUGGUUAAACAGUAACUCAGGAGGACAGUUCAUCUCCACAGUCUCCUUCAGCCUUCAGCAGCAGCAUCCUCUCACCUCUCAGUGCUGGAGGAGGACGAGCAGAAAGAAGAAGUGCAUUCAGACAGAUUCAAGUUGGAGCGACAGGAAUGAAAAUAUACCGGUCAGAACAAUGACGGAGAAGAUAAAGUGGGGGAGAUAAGCAACAGCGGAGAGACUGUAUAACUCUGACUCAAUACGAUCAGCCCUCCCGGUUCUGUUAUGGAGCAAGAAGAAGCUGCAGCUCUGGAAGAGGCCGACUCCCAGCUGAUGUACAGGAUAGAGCGCCCGGUCUAUGAUGAAGCCCUCAUCCGGUCGCAGCUUCUCAACCGCAGAGAGAACUCAACGACCCUCCGACAGAGGCUGGCAAAUCGGCUCCGGUGUUCAUCACAGAAGGCUAAGGCGGCAGCUUUCACCUUCCUGCCCAUUCUAACAUGGCUACCAUCCUACCCAGUCAAGCAGUACCUGUUUUCGGAUGUGGUCUCGGGACUCAGCACAGGAGUUGUGCAGCUACCUCAAGGUCUGGCCUACGCUAUGCUGGCUGCUGUGCCUCCAGUCUACGGUCUGUACUCCUCAUUCUACCCCGUCCUGCUCUACACCUUCUUUGGCACGUCCAGACACAUAUCCAUAGGCACCUUUGCAGUGAUAAGUCUGAUGAUCGGGGGUGUUGUAGUGAGGGAGGCCCCAGACGCCAUGUUUUACGUGCAGCCUGCCAACGGAUCCAACAUGUCUGUCUACCUGGACGUGGAGGCUCGUGAUGCCAGGAGGGUGCAGGUGGCCGUGGUGCUCACGACUCUGGUGGGAAUCAUCCAGUUUGUCUUCGGUCUUCUCAGGUUUGGCUUUGUGGCGAUCUACCUCACAGAGCCCCUGGUGCGAGGCUUCACUACGGCAGCGUCCAUGCACGUCGUUGUCUCUCAGCUAAAGUACCUGCUGGGGGUGAAAACACAGCGCUUCAGUGGGCCCCUCUCGGCUAUUUAUAGCCUCAAAGCGGUACUCAUUCACAUCACGAGCACCAACCUCUCCACUCUCAUCCUGGGACUUAUGUGCAUCGUCUUCCUGUACACGGUCAAAGAGAUCAACGUGCGCUUCAAGAAGAAACUGCCCAUUCCCAUUCCUGGAGAGAUCAUCGUGGUCAUUGUGUCUACCGGCGUCUCGUAUGGCAUGUCCUUAUCAGAAAACUACGAAGUGGACGUGGUUGGGAAGAUACCAACUGGGCUGCUGCCUCCCGCCGCCCCAGAGUUCUCUCUGUUACCCAAUUUGGUCACCGACUCCUUCGCUGUAGCAAUCGUAGGAUUCUCAAUGGGCAUCUCACUCGCCAAGAUCUUUGCCCUGAAGCACGGCUACAGCGUCGACGGCAACCAGGAGCUGAUUGCCCUUGGCCUGUGUAACUUCAUCAGCUCUUUCUUCCAAACCUUCGCCAUCACCUGCUCCAUGUCCAGGAGCCUGGUGCAGGAAAGCACUGGUGGUAAAACACAGAUUGCAGGGCUGCUGGCGUCUCUCAUGGUGCUGUUGGUGGUGGUGGCCAUUGGUUUCGUCUUCCAGCCGCUCCCUCAGACUGCACUGGCUGCCAUCAUCAUGGUGAACCUGGUGGGGAUGUUCAAACAGUUCAGGGACAUUCCUGCUCUGUGGAGGACGAGCAAGAUCGAACUGGCCAUCUGGCUGGUGGCCUUCGUAGCGUCUGUGCUGUUGGGACUGGAUUAUGGCCUCCUGGUGGCCCUCGCAUUCGCCAUACUAACAGUCAUCUACAGAACACAGAGCCCUAAAAGUGCCGUCCUGGGCCAUGUUCCCGGCACAGGGCUGUACUGUGAUGUGGAUGAGUACGAAGAGACGGCUGAAUAUGAGGGGAUUAAGAUUUUCCACUACAACUCUUCAAUCUACUUUGCCAACAGUGACCUUUAUGUGAACGCCCUCAAGGAGAAGACAGGAGUAAACCCUGCGGUCUUGCAGGCUGCCCGCAAAGCCCAAAAGAAACAGAAGGAGAAGGCGAACAGCAACCACAACUCUCCACUGGAGAUGUCUGCCAAGGAUAAGGAGCAGGGAGUGACCCAUGAGGUUUUGUCCUAUAACCACGUGGCGGAGGAGCAGAGGAACGGCCAGCUGGGGGACAGAUACAGCGAGACACACUCAGAGGAGGUCGUCUUCCUAGAACCUCUCGGCACCGUCCACUCCAUCAUCCUGGACUGGACGCCCGCCAGCUUCAUCGACUCUGUGGGAGCCAAAGCCAUCAAACAGGUUAUUAAAGAAUAUGCAGCUGUGGACGUCCAAGUGGUCAUCGCCGGCUGCAGCAGAAACCUUCUGUUUGAGCUGGACUCCUUACAGUUUUUCACUGGGGUCAUGACCCCAGAGAUGGUGUUCCCCACCAUCCAUGACGCUGUACUGCGCUGUCAGUGCUCAAAGCCCCGCCCACCAGCUGCUCCUCCAACCAAUGGGACAACCUGACAGGAGAGGACACCUGUAACCUCGGGACAAAUCUCAGCAGACACGGGAGGUCCUGCACCCAAACUGUACUGUAGGUCAGCAUCACAGUCGGGAUGAACUGCUGAACAGUCAUUCAUAUUAAAUAGAGGAGUGUUUGUAGCAGACUUUGCCCGCUCAUGACAAGGCUGACAACCUUGUUAACUUCACGGUGCCCAGAGCGGUGAGAUACAAGGCUGUUUUUU